GCCGGAGCAGCUGGGUCGUGGUGGCGAAGCUUACUCUCCGGGGGAUGCGGCCGCUCUCCAGCCUCCCUGGGCCGCAACUCCCGAGCCUCCCAGGGCGCCGGCUGAGGCAAGGCCCGGACCCUGGGCCCCCGAGGGUGUCCCCGCAGCGCCCGUGGCGAAUUGUCAAUGAGCAGAGAUGGAUCAAGAAGGUGGGGGAGAUGGGCAGAAAGCCCCGAGCUUCCAGUGGCGGAACUACAAGCUCAUCGUGGAUCCCGCCUUGGACCCUGCCUUACGCAGGCCUUCGCAAAAGGUCUACCGCUACGACGGAGUCCACUUCAGUGUCAACGACUCUAAGUACAUCCCGGUGGAAGACCUGCAAGACCCCCGCUGCCAUGUCAGAUCCAAAAGCAGAGAUUUUUCCCUCCCUGUGCCCAAGUUCAAGCUGGAUGAAUUCUACAUCGGACAGAUCCCCCUGAAGGAAGUGACUUUCGCAAGGCUGAAUGACAACGUGCGGGAAACCUUCCUGAAGGACAUGUGUCGCAAGUAUGGCGAGGUGGAAGAGGUGGAGAUCCUGCUUCACCCCCGCACUCGCAAGCACCUGGGCCUGGCCCGGGUGCUCUUCACCAGCACCCGGGGCGCCAAGGAGACAGUCAAGAACCUGCACCUCACCUCCGUCAUGGGCAACAUCAUCCACGCCCAGCUUGACAUCAAAGGACAGCAGCGAAUGAAGUACUAUGAACUGAUUGUCAAUGGCUCCUAUACCCCUCAGACUGUGCCCACAGGGGGCAAGGCCCUCAGCGAGAAGUUCCAGGGCUCUGGUGCAGCCCCUGAGACGACUGAACCCCGCCGCCGCUCCUCCUCAGACACCGCAGCCUACCCAGCGGGCACUGCUGUGGGCACCCCUGGCAACGGCACUCCCUGCUCCCAGGACACAAGCUUCUCCAGUAGUCGGCAAGACACCCCUUCUUCCUUCGGCCAGUUCACCCCUCAGUCCUCGCAAGGCACCCCGUAUACAUCUCGGGGCAGCACCCCUUACUCUCAGGAUUCUGCCUACUCCAGCAGCGCAACGUCCGCCUCCUUCAAGCCGCGGCGGGCCGAGAACAGCUACCAAGACUCCUUUUCCCGCCGCCACUUCUCUGCCUCUUCAGUCCCCACCACCGCUUCCCCAGCCAUCUCGGCCACCACUGCAGCCACCGCCACCCCGUCCUCGUCCUCCUCGUUGUCUUCGUCCUCCUCUUCGUCCUCCGUUCCUUCCGCCUCUCAGUUCCGUGGCUCUGACUCCAGCUACCCAGCAUAUUAUGAAAGCUGGAAUCGCUACCAGCGCCAUGCUUCCUACCCACCCCGCCGGGGGACUCGGGAGGAGCCUGUGGGGGCCCCCUUCACUGAGAACACAGCCGAGCGCUUUCCCCCUUCCUAUACCUCCUACUUGCCCCCCGAGCCCGGCCGGCCCGCUGACCAGGACUACCGUCCUCCCACCUCCGAGGCGCCCCCACCAGAGCCUCCAGAACCAGGCGGAGGCGCUGGGGGGCCCAGCCCCGAAAGAGAAGAAGCUCAGAGCUCCCCACGUCCGGCCUCCCCUGCACGCUCUGGCUCCCCGGCCCCGGAGACCACUAACGAGAGCGUGCCCUUCGCGCAGCAUAGCAGCCUGGACUCCCGCAUCGAGAUGCUGCUGAAGGAGCAGCGCUCCAAGUUCUCCUUCCUGGCCUCAGACACGGAGGAGGAGGAGGAGAGCAGCAGCACAGGUCCCGGGGCCAGAGAGCCGGGGAGCGAGGUGCCUUCCGGGGCGGGUCACGGGCCCUGCACGCCCCCUCCAGCCCCAGCGAAUUUUGAGGAUGUGGCACCGACAGGGAGUGGGGACCCAGGGGCCCCCCGGGAGUCUCCCAAGGCCAACGGACAGAACCAGGCCUCUCCAUGCUCUUCAGGAGAGGACAUGGACAUCUCGGAUGACGACAGGGGUGGCUCGCCUCCUCCAGCCCCAACGCCGCCCCAGCAGCCUCCACCCCCACCGCCACCCCCACCCCCGCCCCCUCCCUACCUAGCCUCCCUUCCCCUUGGCUACCCUCACCAGCCUGCCUACCUCCUCCCUCCCCGCCCCGACGGGCCCCCGCCCCCACCCCCCCACAUCUAUGACUUUGUCAAUUCUCUGGAGCUCAUGGAUCGACUCGGGGCUCAGUGGGGAGGGAUGCCAAUGUCCUUCCAGAUGCAGACCCAGAUGUUAACUCGGCUCCACCAGCUGCGGCAGGGCAAGGGGUUGACGGCUGCCUCAGCCGGGCCCCCAGGGGGCGCCUUUGGGGAGGCCUUCCUCCCCUUCCCACCCCACCAAGAGGCAGCCUAUGGCUUGCCCUAUGCGUUGUAUGCACAAGGCCAGGAAGGCCGCGGGGCCUACUCCCGGGAGCCCUACCACCUGCCUUUGCCGGUGACAGCCGAGCCGCUGCUCUCCUCGGGCUCAGGAGAAGAGGCGCGGCCUCCUCCCCGGGAGGAGACAGAGCUGGCUGACAGCAAGGCCCUGCAGUCAGCGGGCACUGUGGGGCGCGUGCUGGCCACCCUGGUGCAAGAGAUGAAGAGCAUCAUGCAACGAGACCUCAACCGCAAGAUGGUGGAGAAUGUGGCCUUUGGAGCCUUCGACCAGUGGUGGGAGAGCAAGGAAGAGAAGGCUAAGCCUUUCCAGAACGCAGCCAAGCAGCAAGCCAAGGAGGAAGAUAAAGAGAAGACAAAGCUCAAAGAGCCCGGCCUGCUGUCCCUGGUAGACUGGGCCAAGAGCGGGGGCACCACAGGCAUCGAGGCCUUCGCUUUUGGAUCAGGGCUGCGUGGGGCUCUGCGGCUGCCUUCAUUCAAGGUGAAGCGGAAAGAGCCAUCAGAAAUUUCUGAGGCCAGUGAGGAAAAGCGACCCCGGCCCUCCACUCCAGCUGAGGAAGAUGAGGAUGACCCUGAGCGGGAGAAGGAAGCUGGAGAGCCGGGCCGUCCGGGGACCAAGCCUCCAAAGCGAGAGGAAGAGCGAGGCAAGACCCAGGGCAAGCAUCGCAAGUCCUUCGCCCUGGACAGUGAAGGGGAGGAGGCGUCCCAGGAGUCCUCGUCAGAGAAGGAUGAGGAAGACGAGGAAGAAGAUGAAGAAGAUGAAGAGCGAGAGGAACCUAUGGACAGCACUAAGAAGCAGGCAGAGGCGUCCGAUGGCGAGGACGAGGAAAGCGAUUCGUCCUCCAAACAUUCUCUGUAUGCCGACUCAGAUGGUGAAAGUGGCAGCACGUCGGAUUCGGAUAGCAGCACUUCCUCCAGCUCCUCUUCCACCUCGUCGUCAUCCUCAUCCUCCUCGUCAUCGUCAUCUGAGUCCUCGGAUGAAGAGGAAGAGGAGGAAGAGGAGAAGCCACCAACCCUUCCUUCUGCCUCACCGCCUCCCCGAGACAUCCCAGCGCUCCCAGCAGCAUUCGUGGAUGAGCCCAGGCUGGAGGGCAUCGCUGCCUCCCCCGUCACACCUGGCCCCGAGCGGGAAAAGUCCCCAGCUCCAGGCCGGCCGGCAGGUUCCACUGAGGAGCCACCUCCCAGCGUGCCCCAGCCGUCCCUGCAGCCCCCAGCUGGGCUCCCUGCCUCCACUCUGCGCCCUGAGGAGCGCCCCUCUUCUCCUAUCCCACUCCUGCCCCCACCCAAGAAGCGUCGGAAAACCGUCUCCUUUUCUGCUGUGGAAGAAGUGCCAGCCCCAGAGCCUCCACCAGCCGCCCUACUGCAGGCUAAGGCUCCCAGCCCAGUCAUUCGCAAAGUCCCGCGGCCCAUAGAGCGGACCAUUCGUAACCUGCCACUGGACCACGCAUCCCUGGUCAAGAGCUGGCCCGAGGAUGUGUCCCGAGGGGGUCGGAACCGGGCUGGGGGCCGAGGCCGCUCGGCUGAGGAAGAGGAAGCUGAACCGGGCACAGAAGUGGACCUGGCAGUCCUUGCUGACCUGGCCUUGACUCCAGCCCGGCGUGGGCUAGCCACCCUGCCUACUGGUGACGACUCAGAGGCUACAGAGACCUCGGAUGAGGCCGAGCGCCCCAGCCACCUGCUCAGCCACAUCCUGCUGGAGCACAACUACGCCCUGGCCGUCAAGCCCGCGCCCUCCACGCCAGCCCCGCGACCCCCGGAGCCCGUUCCCGCCCCUGCAGCCCUCUUCAGCUCCCCAGUAGACGAGGUCCUGGAGGCCCCUGAGGUGGUGGUGGCUGAAGCGGAGGAGCCCAAGCAGCAGCAGCAGGUACAGCAGCCACCAGAGGAAACCGGGGAGGAGGAGGAGGAGGAAGAGGAGUCCGAGUCGUCAGAGAGCAGCAGCAGCAGCAGCAGCAGCAGUGAUGGCGAGGGCGCCCUCCGGCGUCGCAGCCUCCGCUCCCACACACGGCGCCGGCGGCCACCCCUCCUGCCACCGCCACCGCCACCGCCGCCACCUUCCUUCGAGCCCCGCAGUGAGUUUGAGCAGAUGACCAUCUUGUAUGACAUCUGGAAUACGGGCCUGGACUUGGAGGACAUGAGGUACCUGCGGCUCACGUAUGAGCAACUGCUGCAGCAGACGAGCGGGGCCGACUGGCUCAAUGACACCCACUGGGUCCAGCACACCAUCACCAACCUCAACACUCCGAAACGCAAGCGGCGGCCCCUAGAUGGGCCCCGGGAACACCAGACAGGCUCGGCCCGCAGCGAGGGCUACUACCCCAUCAGCAAGAAGGAGAAGGACAAGUACCUGGACGUGUGUCCUGUGUCCGCCCGGCAGCUGGAAGGAGCAGACACUCAGGGGACUAACCGAGUGCUUUCUGAGCGCCGCUCGGAGCAGCGGAGGCUACUGAGUGCCAUCGGUACCUCUGCAGUCAUGGACAGCGACCUGCUGAAGCUAAACCAGCUCAAGUUCCGGAAGAAGAAGCUCCGAUUUGGCCGGAGCCGGAUCCAUGAAUGGGGGCUGUUUGCCAUGGAGCCCAUUGCAGCCGACGAGAUGGUCAUCGAGUACGUGGGCCAGAACAUCCGCCAGAUGGUGGCUGACAUGCGGGAGAAGCGCUAUGUGCAGGAGGGCAUCGGCAGCAGCUAUCUGUUCCGCGUGGACCACGACACCAUCAUUGAUGCCACCAAGUGUGGCAACCUGGCGCGGUUCAUCAACCACUGCUGCACGCCCAAUUGCUACGCCAAGGUGAUCACCAUCGAGGCGCAGAAGAAGAUCGUCAUCUACUCCAAGCAGCCCAUCGGCGUGGACGAGGAGAUCACCUACGACUACAAGUUCCCACUCGAGGACACCAAGAUCCCGUGUCUGUGCGGCACCGACAGCUGCCGGGGCUCCCUCAACUGAGGUGGGCCCGGCCUGCCGCCCACGCCCCUAUUUAUUCCCCUUGGGGCUCUGAGCGCCCCGCACCCCCAGCCUUAGUGGGUCCAGUGGGGCCCGCACGCCCCCGUCUCCGAGUGAGGGGUUGAGGCAGCUCAGCCUCCCCCCACCAUCACCCUGACCUCGCCCUCAUUUUUUUUCUUUGCGGAGAAGAAGCUGUAAAUGUUUUGUAGCUGCCAGCAGCUGUUUCCUGUGGAAACCUGGGGUGCCGGCCUGUACAGACCCUGUUCUUGGGGGGCUGCCCAGCCCUCAUGCUUUGUGUUAAUGGGGACUUCCCCUCGUGCCCUGCGUGCACCCCUCCCCGGUUUAGGGGUCUCUAGGGGCAGUGGCCAUGUUCUCCCCCUGGGGGGGCCCUGCGCUCCCAGUCCCAGGGACUCUGUGCCUGGAACCCUGCCUCAUUCUCUGCUCCCGCCUGACCCUGCAGGUCACCUUUGCCCCCUGCUGCUUGGCCAGGGGGUCCUAGGUGAGUCUUGUGUCAGGCUGGACUGUAUAUAUGUUAAUAGCGCAAACCCAACGCCACAUUUUUAUAAUUGUGAUUAAACUUUAUUGUAAAAA